AUGAUUCGAGAGCAGAAAAAUGGAGGAAAAGAAGAAGAAGAAGGAAAACAAGGUUCUCGAAACUUCUCGAAGUAUGAUUUGAAAGAUAUCGAAAAAGGGAAAUCUGCCCUUUUUUUAUGUGCAAUUUUGCGGAACGAAAUGUGCAUGAGUGCAGAAAAUUGUGGAGGGUAA